UGCCCAGCACUGGUGCAUUUCGCGAAUUUUUCCCUCAUACAUACAUAACUUAUUUUUAACAUUUUUCGACGUGAUGUGCAUUUUCUCUCAUAGUUUUGUGCUUAACCAUGUAAAAUAUAAUUAGCCCCUAGUGUAUAAACAAUAAGAUUUAGUGCAAAUAAAGUAAACAUAAUGCCCGCAAAGUAUAUAAACCAUUAAUGUAAAAACGAUAUUCGAUUUCUUAUAAUUAACCACCCAAAACUGUUAAAUUAUAGUCACCCUAGAAAUUAGACGAGCGAUCAAGACAAGGACCUGAAGAAGCCACACAUGCAUGAGUGACCGACCGGAGGAGACCCCAAGAACCAGCCAGUAAACGAUGGCCGCCGAGAAGGAGAUGCAGGCCCACGACAUGGUGCGUCGUCGCAGUUGGGCCCGUGCCGUGGCGCUCUAUGACCAGCUGAUUUCGCCCAAUCCUGGCCAGGGUGGUCAGGGCGCGGGAUCGAGGGCCCAGAAGGACCAGCAGAUCGCCUGCCUCCUGGGACGAUGCGAGUGCCUCCUUGAGCUCGGAAAGUUCGAGGGCUGCCUGGCGGAUGCCUACAAGGUGCUCACGCUACUUUCCGAGCAAACCGAGUGCCUGGCCAGCGUGUCCAGGGCACGCCGAUGGCUCGUCCACGCCCUCUUCAAGAUGCACAAAUAUGGGGACGCUGAGAUCUUUCUGAGCAAGUGGAUCAACGAGCUGAGCGGCCAGCAGAUUUACUCGGACAUAUCCAAGACCCUCGAGCGCUACAAGUCCAUCAUCCAGAUGAUCAUGAAUGGGCAGCACAAGGCGCAGGCCCUAAAGAUCCCGCACGCCCGCCUCGAGGACGAGAUGGCCAUUCUGGACACCAAGCUGGAUCACUGGGCCACCAACAAUCUGCCGCUGGACAAGUACAGCAAGCUGCUCAGCAACAAGGGUUUGAAAAAGCGAGAGCAGCAGCAGCAACAGCAGCAGCAGCAACAACAACAACAGCAGCAGCAGCAGCAGCAACAACAGCAGAAUGGCAAUGGAAUCGGCAGCUAUGCAAGCAGCAGCAGCAGCUCCUCCACGGGUAGCAGCAGCACCAUGUCCAGCUCAAGCACUAGUCUCCACAAGACCAACGAUCUGCUGGCGGCCAUGAAGCUCACUGCCGGCAAGCACCAGACGGGAUCCGGUGACGGGUCGGGCUCGGAUCAGGGCGACCAGGCGGCCCCAUCCACCACCUGCAGCUACUGCACCAUCACCUUCCAGACGAGGAACGAGCUGCGACAGCACUGCCAGACCGAGGCCCACCAGAAGGUGAUCAUGAGCGAUGAGGGCCGUGACUGGAAGUGGCGUCCGCCGCCCCGUGGCUACACGCUGGACACCUAUUCCCUGUGCGAGACGUUUAGCGAGGCGCACACUUGCCACUACGGCGCCCAGUGCGUGGAGGCUCAUGGCCAGGAUGAGUUGAACGAGUGGAAGGAGCGUUUCGAGUACCGGCGAAUGCGGAUGCAGAAGGCCUGCGAGAAGGAGCUCUACGGCAAAUCGUACACGGAGCAAGUGUUAGAGCGAUGGAUCCAGGCCACGGCGCCAGAGCGAGUAAUGUGCGAGCGGGUACCGGAGAUGGAGGCGCGGUGUGAGCAGCAGUUGGUCACCAGCAUCAGUUCGAAGACCUCGAAGCGUGAGUGGCUCUUCCAGUUGGAGACGAAAAAGCCCCUUAAAGCGGUAGCCCUCCUUCAGGAUGCCCAUCGAAAUCACUUUGCUCUCAAGUCCAUCAAAAUGUGCAAGCCCACGGAGUCCUGCAUGGAGCUCAAAUCCGAUCAAGAGUGGGUAGCAACAGGCACUGCAGCUCAGACGGAGCCCUCCAGCGAUGACUCUGCCACUCUGACCCACGAAAUCACAGUUGAGUUUCACACGGAGAUCUAUGGAACCUUUCGCCAAGCCAUCUGCUUCGAUGUGGGCCAGGAACCUUUGCUCGUACGGCAUCUGUGCGUUGAUGUGUUGCCCGUGAAUGAUGCGGAGAAAAUCGAGGAGAUCAAGCGGGACAUUAUCAACAGUUCGGCCACCCGAUGGGAUGUGGCCAACACGCAGCUGACGCGUUUUGAAACCACCAUUGGCACCCAUCUGAAGACGGAGGCGUAUCUCAGCGACCUGGAGCAUGAGAGGGAGCUGCUGGAGAGGUAUCCGUGUCCAAGGGCAGCCACCUUUACAUUGACACAGUCUACCAUUGUGGAGAAGCGGUUGACGCAGAACAAUUACCGAUCCCGCAUCCAUGAGCUGUUGUCUGUGGAGGAGAUUGCCCGUUAUGAGCAGAUAGCAAGGUAUAAUGUGAGGACAAGGCUCACAGUGGCGUCGAAUUACAUCCUCACCCCAGCGGGAAUGGCUACCAGUACAGCCAAGUAUUCCCUGGCAGGUGAAUUGUUUGCACUCAUGCGUCUGGGCAAGGAUAUCUCGGAGGAUACAUCCCCCGGACGAUUGAUUCUCUCCAACUGCAGCAGUGUGUAUAUCUCAAAGCCCGAGGAACCGGAUUCCAAAUCAGAUCCAAGUAAUCGUGCAGUUUACGAGGCGUUGAUCGAGGACAAAGGCAAGAAUGUGAUUUACUUGAAACUAUCAGCCAAAUGUGUAGAGGCAAUGGCUCUGCAGGCGGAUACGGAACUGGAAGUGGAUAUACAAUUCCAGCUGAAUCGAAUGCCAUACUGUGAGUGGCACAAUGCCGUGGAUAAGAUCACCGACUUUCGGCUAAUCUUUCCGGCCACAGAACUGGAGCCAAGUAUACCUUGGACACCCAAGAAACAGUGGGCCGAUGCCUGUGAACCCAAAUUGAAUGCCAAACAAAGGGAGGCUGUGAAUGCCAUCACCACGGCCCUGAGCAUUAAGUUGCCGCCAAUCCUGCUGAUAGGACCGUUUGGAACUGGAAAAACCUACACUUUGGCUCAAGCUAUUAAGCAACUUCUGGCGCAACCCGAGGCCAAGAUCCUGAUCUGCACGCACUCAAAUUCAGCCGCUGAUCUGUACAUCAAGGAGUACCUGCAUCCGUGGAUCGAGGAGGGCCUGGAAGAGGCGACACCGCUGAGAGUUUACUACCACAAGAGAUGGUCGGCCACCGUUAACAGUGUGGUGCAGAAGUACUGCAUCACCGAUGGAGUGGGCAACUUCAAGCGACCCACUGUGGAGGAUAUAAUGCGGCACAGGAUUGUCGUGGUUACCCUGAGUAUCAGCAUGGAGUUGGCCACCUUGGGCUUGCCUAAGGGUCUGUUCACCCACAUCUUCCUGGACGAAGCUGCUCAGGCAAUGGAGUGCGAGGCCAUUAUGCCGCUGGCUCUGGCAAAUGAUUCUACGAGGAUCGUCUUGGCCGGAGAUCACAUGCAGAUGAGUCCGGAACUAUUCUCCGCCUUUGCCAAGGAACGCAAACUGCAUAUAUCGCUCUUGGAACGGCUGUACGAUCACUAUCCAUCCAACUUUCCCUGCAAGAUCCUGCUGUGCGAGAAUUAUCGAGCACACGAGGCCAUCAUCCGUUUCACUUCGGAGCUUUUUUACGAACAAAAGCUGGUGGCUUCUGGAAAGCAACCAAGGCACGAGCGCUUUUAUCCUUUGACCUUCUUUACUACCCGAGGAGAGGAUGUCCAGGAUAAAAACUCAACUGCUUUCUAUAAUAAUGCUGAAGUUUAUGAGGUGGUGGAAAGGGUUUCCGAGCUGCGAAAACGUUGGCCAAGUGCUUGGGGUAAACUCAACGAUACCAGCAUUGGCAUCAUGACUCCCUACGCAGAUCAGGUGUUUCGCAUUCGUUCGGAGCUGAGGAAACGCCGCAUGGGUGGAAUAUCCGUGGAACGAGUGCUCAACGUCCAGGGUAAACAGUUCCGAGCGGUGUUCCUCUCCACAGUUCGAACCCGACGCACCUGUAUGCCCCAAGGAAGUGCCCCGGGAGCAGCCGCCUCGGCCACCAUUGGCGAUGCCGACACGGAUUAUGGUUUCUUGAGCAACUCCAAACUGCUAAACACGGCUAUCACACGUGCUCAGUCUUUGGUAGCAGUGGUUGGUGAUCCGGUGGCUCUUUGCUCCAUUGGCCGCUGCCGAAAGGUUUGGGAGCGUUUCAUCGAGAUCUGCGACGAACAUAAGUCUCUAUUCGGCUUGACCUGGUCGAAUCUACGUUCCCAACUGGAUGGCGUGGAGCUAAAACGCGGCUAUGUGUUGAAUCCCCUGGCGCCGGAGUUUGUCCCACGUGCCCUGCAACCGGAGGCGUAUCUGCGGGAGCAGGCUGCUCUCUAUCUUAAUGGACCGCAGCACGGACAUGGUGGCCAUGGGCCACCUGGUCCUCCGGCUCAUUUUGCCAAUGCAGCUGGGAUGCUGGGCCCUGGACCAGCGGCAACUGCCCACCAGAUGAAUCAAAUGGCAGCUGCCAUGGCUGCCAAUCAACAGCUCACCCACAUGUACUCCACCCACAUGGCGGCGAUGAUGGCCGCUGCCGCUGCCGUCGGAGGAAAGUCUGGAAAUGGUCCUGGACCGGGAACCGGCGGAGGUCCCGGUCCUGGCCCAGGACCACCUCCACACUACGGCGGCGGAGGCGGUGGUGGACACAUGGGAAUGCGGGGACCACCACCGCCAGCACCGCAUUUGCGGGGAAUGCCACCCGGUGGACCGCCACCAGCACAGCAGCCAGGCGGAGGUGGUGGCGGCGGAGGACCACCACCACCAUAUGGACAAUAUCCAGCCAUGCAGCACUGGCGACCACCGCAGCAGGGACAGAAUCAAGGUCCCGGACCGGGACAACAGCAGCCACCGCAAAAUCCCAAUGCCAGUCUGUGGGGGCCACCGCCGCAAACGAAUCCGUGGAGUGUGCUGCCGCCAAGUAAGCAGCCGCAGCAGCCUCAGCCACCGCCAGUGAGUGCUCCAGGACGUGGACCAGGACCUUUGCCACCGCCACUCAAUGCAAAUCCUUCGCUGCCCCUGAGAGGUGGUAGUGUGCCGCCACCACCGCCAAAUGCUUCGGCGGCGGCUCAGCUGCUGAGGAACCCCAGCGAACUGGGCUACUUGGCCAAGAAGACGCUCUACAACCAUGGCCAGGCACCGCCGCACCAUCAGCUCUAUGGACCCGGGCCAGGACCACCGCCGCCUCCAUCUCAGCAGCAACAGCAGGCACCGCCGAUGGGAAUGCAGAGGGGCAGCAGUGUGCCCAACGGACCCAUGUCGCCCAUGGAGAACGGACCACCACCGCCACCCUAUCUGCGGCACAACGGAAGUGGCUACAAUCCAGGAGCACCACCACCGCCGCAACAGCAGCCACAACCGCCACCGCCCAAUCCGUUUAUGUAUGCUGGCAAGCAACCCUCUCCGAGCUCAAUGCGAUUUGGUCCUCUGACCCAUGAGCUACUGCCACCCAAUGUGAGCAUCUAUGAAAUGGCUUUUAAUCCGAAGGAAGAGCAGUACAAGUGGUACCUUAAGCUACUCGAGACCGUGGGCCAGGAGGGUGCCAACAAAUUCGCGGAUAUGUUGCGCCAAGUGAUGGCCACUCUGCAGCAACAGCAGCAGCAGCAACAACACAAGCCACCGCAGCAGCAGAUGGUCAACAAUCCGAUGCUCAACAAUCCUCACGUGCAACGGCCACAGUAUCCCAUGAUGUAUCCCCAGGGUCAACAGCAGCAGCAGCAGCAACCGCCACAGCAAUCCGUGGAUGCUUCGCCGCCGCUGGAGAACUUCAACCAACAGAUCGAUCUGGUCUUUAACUCGAUUAUGAAUGGAGCCAAUGAUAUUGCACAGCCCAUACUGCGAGAUGUUCUGGGAAUGGUGGCUGGCGCUGGCAAUGCCCCAGGUCCUCCUUUGACCAACGGCUUGAACGGCGCCGAUCUCCAACAGCAGCAACAACAGCAACAGCAGCAGAGCCGCCUGUUCGCCAUGAUGCAGCAGCAACAGCAACAACAGCAGCAGGCCAAGCCACCUCCAGGACCUGGACCACUGUACCCCAAUCAUCUGGGCGGGCCAGGACCUGGUCUGCAUCAGGCGCCACCUAAUGGCGGUGGGAAUAAUCUGGGCGGCGUCGGAAACACCAACUUUAUGGGGAAUGCCGGCAAUGCUCUGUUGAAUGACAAGCCCUACAACAACCUGAACAUGCACAACAAUGUGGGCGUGAACAGCGCAGGAGUUGGCGGCGUUGGCAUCGGAAUAGGUGCCGGUGGAGUCGGCAACCACAACAAUAACAACAACAGCAACAACAACGGAAUGCUGAGCAAUGGCAACAACUCGGUGCCGCUGUACCGAAGACAGGCGCUGGCCGGCAAUGGGAUUGGAGGCGGAAACGGCGGCUACAACAACAUGCAUGGAAUGGACGCAGGCGCCAAUUUGAUAGAGGCACUCUUUCAGGCCAACAACUCGGUGGUGGAUCACUCGGUGAAGUCAUCGGAUCAUAUGCACGGCCUGCUGUACAACAAUUUUAAUACGCUGAAGGGUGGCGGUCACGAUGUGGAUCUGUUCCAGGCCAUGGCGCCCAGUGUGCCACACUCGGAGGCGGCCAAUCAUCACCAGCAGUCCUCCGGCUCGUCGGCAACCACCUAUGCGGCUGUGCUGAGCCAGGGACCACAGGCGGUGGUUGGCGGAGGCGGUGGCGCAGGACCUCCGUCGGGACAGUCACAGGCGCAGGCGGGCGUAGCAGGACCAGGGGCGGGCGGAAAAGGCGCGCAGCCGGGUGGCGGAAGCGAUCUCCUGGAGAAGGAUCCGUUUGCGGCCAUCCGGGAGUUGGGACAGGCCACGACCGGAUUCUACAACUACUUUCAGUGAGAUGCGGUGACGGCAGCACAUCUCCUGCUGUGGCAUCAAAGGGUCUUAAUCUAAAAACAGAAAAAAAAAACGAAAAACAAAACAACAAAAAAAAACAGAAAAUUAACAACAAAAAAAAAAUUGCAAAAUUCUUAGCUGAACAAAAAAAAAAACGUAAAAAAUGCCCCAGACAAUGGGAAAAACGGAAGAGAAAACGAAAAAGAACUGCUUCUUAAUUAUAGUUGCCCCUAUCCUUAUUUUUUGCUUUCUUUUAAAUUGCAAAUUAUUUAAUUACGGUAGCCUUAAGUUGAACGUGUGAAUUAUUAUAAUUAAUUAAUAAUAUACAUACAUACCUAUUUAGUUAAUGUUUAGUGGUUACUAAAGCUCGCCCAAAUGCCGCAGCAGGGACUGGUUGACGUUCAGCCCUGGCCUCCGACCCCCAGCCCCUUUGUUAGCCUCCUGUUACGCCCCCCGAAAGCCCAAGGACGUCUGAGGCGCCUCCAUUGGCUCGCAGCAUCCAACGGGUUGCUCUGAGCAGCCCCGAAAAGAUAACAUAAAUAUAUGAACGCCUACACAAGAAAACCUUAUCGAUUAGACUCUUGAAAAACAUACAACAUAAAAAAAAGGAACGAAAAAAACUUUACAAAAAAAAAACAAAAAGCAAACAAAUCUAAAACCCACAAAAAAAUGAAAUAAUUAUGUAAUAACUAUAAACUGCAAAAUGCAUAGUUAGCUUUAGAUGUAAGAUUAUUCAAAAAGAUUUUGUAUUGUACAUUUUUUUCUAUUUUUAGUGCGUAGCCUAUAUGCUACGAUUCAGUUCGUUCUCUACAUUUAAUUUCUCAGUUAUAAAUUUCAAUUUUGUACAGGAGUUGACUAUUUAAAACAAAACAAAUAUUAACAAAAACCAUUAAAACUGAAAAUUUGUCACGCACUCAAAUACAUAAAUUAUUAUCCUUAUUAACUGUAACUUCAGAUUAUAUACCUAUUAUAUAUAUUUAAUGGCUAUAAGGGAUAUGAACAUUUUUGUGUACGAAUUAAACUUACCUACAUACGAACAUAUAUAUAUAAUAUGCAUAUAAAUAUUUAAAUUUGUGCACGAGUUAUUUGUUCCUUUGCCCAUUGCCCAAAUUGUCGAUGCGUGUGUAAAUUAUAUUACGAUUGUUGGCCGACCCCAUAUUUGCAGCCAUGGUCCCGAAUCCCCAAAAAAAAACCCAAAAUCCCCACCCCACUCAUCGUUUAGUCCGUUUUGACGACUGGUAAAUGUAAAACAUGCAAGCAAGAAAUAUAAGAAUUUUUCGAUAAGAGUA